AUGGAGAGAGUCAUAAUCGUUGGAGCAGGUCUUUAUGGUCUCAUCGCAGCGAAAACAUAUUUACAAGUGACAGGAGCCUAUGACCACGAGAAUGAAGAGACGGAUGGAUUGAUCGAGCUAGUUGAUGUCCCAGCAUGUUUUACACAGAUAACCAAGCCAACCAAGCCCGGCAAUCACGAGAAUAACCUUCUCGUGAUUGACUCAGCCUCGGAUAUUGGGGGCACUUGGGCCGAAGAACGCCUUUAUCCGAACUUAUUAAGUCAAAACUCUUAUGGGCUCUAUGAAUUCAGUGAUCUCCAUCUAUCGGAUGUUGCUCCAGAGGAUGAGGGGGACGAUACCAGGAAUCAAUUUAUUGCGGGUUGGAAGAUCAGUCGAUAUCUGAGGGCAUGGGUGGUCAAAUGGAAGCUCCGAAAACGCAUACGAUUGAACUGGACGGUUGAGAGUAUCAGUCGCCUUGAAAGCCAAGAGUGGAAACUCAGGAUCAGUGUCACCACGACUCCGAGUCGUCGCAUCACCGUCAUUUGCGAUAAGUUGGUCCUGGCAACUGGACUAACUUCGGUGCCAAAUAUGCCCGACAUACACGGGUCACAAAUGGGUAUUGUGAAUUCGGCCGCGGUAAUUCAUGCCAAGAAUGUUGGAGAAUGGGCUCGACAGCAUCUAGGGUAUCAACCACUGAAAGCGACCGAAACUUCGGAUGCCAAUGCGUCAGAACAUGAGGCUGUUUACUCGCAAAUGCGAUCUGUAGCCAUCUAUGGCGGUGCAAAAUCAUCAUUUGAUUUAGUGCAUUUCUUCGCGACUCUCCAUCGGAAGGACCCAAAGCUGCACCUCAAAUCAGAACAAAAGACUCCGGUGGAAGUGCAUUGGAUUAUUCGCGAUCGAGGGAUAGGACCUGCAUGGAUGUUGCCACCGACGUCCACCCUCCCUAAUGGCGACAAGGUUGCAAGCGACAAAGCGGCAAGCACCCGAUUGCUCACCUAUCUCAGCCCCUGCUGCUAUAUGACCCCCAAACGUCUUUCAUUUAACUCCUCGUGGAGUCUGAAAUGGGAGGGCUCAUGGCUGGUGAGGUUGUUUCACGGUAAUCUCCUUGGUCGAUGGUGGAUUGGGUGGUUCUGGCGGUCUGUUGAUAAGGGCCUGGUUGACUCGGUGCAAUACGGGUCGGACGCGAAGAUGGAAUUGCUUCGCCCAGAAAACAGCGUGGUCUCGUGUGCAUCCGGAAUUGGUAUUGCGAAUCAAGGUGACCUUUGGGAGGCCAUUCGAUUACCUCACGUCAAAGUUUACCGAUCGGGCAUUACCGAUAUCACUCCAUCAUCUAACGAAGAAGUUGACACAUCUCCAGGCACUAGUGCAGUGGUGCGUUUGGCCAACCAAACAUGUAUUGAUCCGGUAGACUUGGUUGUCCACGCCACUGGGUACAAGCCGAUCGUUCCAAUCCAAUUUGAACCUGCAUGUCUCCGUUUAGAACUGGGACUCUCUGCCUUGGUGGAAAAAAAGGGCAAAGAGAUCCCCGAAAAGGCUCAAAUUUCGACCGAAUCGCCAGAGAAAAUCAGUGGCCCGCUGGAACCAAGUAUCAGAGAUCGCAUAGCACACUGGGAGACUCUAGAUCAUCGGUCGGAGAGGGUGGUCCGAGAGACUUUGAAUGCCACCAAUUGCGCUCUUGCGGAUCGCAGUCCCCCUUCAUGGGCUGCAUCUGACACGUUAGUGCCAUAUCGCCUGUUCCGUCGGAUGGUGGCUCCUGAGUUGGUUUCCCAAGGCGACCGCUCUUUCGCUACGCUCGGUGUGAUCCUAUCAUCGACCAUUGCAGUUGUGGCAGAGGUUCAGGCUCUUUGGGUUGCGGCAUUCUUGACAGGAGGGCUGGACACAGAGAGCAUGAAGGCCGCCCCCAAUGAAACGUUGUGCUUGGGAACUCUUUCGCAAAACGUAAUGGAAACCGUGAUCUCCGAGGAUGUAGUGCUCGGUUCGUUGACUGGCAGUGGCCUUGAAGUGGAUGCUAUCCAGUACAACGACAUGCUUAUGCGCGAUUUGGGGCUGAACCCGCACCGGCUGGGUGGGGGAUUUUACCACGAGCUGACGGGAGUAUACGGACCAUCGGCAUACAAGGGAAUUGUCGACGAGUGGAGGCAGCGUCAAAGGGCGUCCGGGGAUCAAAGGUGA